CCGAGAUUCCGAGAUUCCGAAAUUCCGAUUUUCCAGCGACAGCUGAUUAUUUGUGCUUUUCCGGAAGAAAGAGUUUUCUCCAAGUCUCAUCUACACAGCAAAAUGGCCACAAAGCGUCUGCUGCCACUGUUGGAUCGCGUUCUGAUCCUCCGCGCGGAAGCUCUGACGAAAACCAAGAGCGGUCUCGUCAUCCCGGAGAAGGCACAAUCGAAAGUGCUAGAAGGUACGGUGGUGGCUGUUGGCCCCGGUGCGCGUAACACCCAGACCGGCGAGCACGUGCCGCUGGCGGUGAAGGUCGGGGAGAAGGUGCUGCUCCCGGAGUACGGUGGUACCAAGGUGGAAUUGGGAGAUAGCAAAGAGUACCAUCUCUUCCGGGAAGCCGACAUUCUGGCGAAGAUCGAAUAGAAGCACCACAGCCCAGCAGAUCGUGCCACUGCCGCAGGACAAACGCAUUUCACAUAGGACGCGUGGUCGUAAGGAUGACGACGAAGAGGGCACCCCGUGUCACAGAAAGGCAUGCCAAAAGGAAGCUCAUACGGGGUAAACAGAAAGACAGUGCAAGAGAGAGAAACGAAUCUACAUCUACCGGUUGUAAAAUGAUUGUUAAAGUUCGCUCGAACGAUUCAGGAUCUAUCGGCAUGUGACGAUGCUGGUGGCUCCCCGGUUGCCUCGGUUCUGUCAUGGGGCGUGUCAUGGACCACCAAAGGAAGCGUCCGAAAGUGAGUGUCCUUUGCUGCUCCUGUUACACGCACCCGUGGUUACGCGAUUGUUGCUUCACCGCUUACUGUUCCAAGGUUUCCUUUGAUCGUCAAGUCGACGCUGCUAGGACGCUUGACCUUCAAACGUUACUCUCGUGACGAUGCGGCGCGCAACUUCGAGGGAAUCCGACCAGCCAAGGAUGUUAACGCGAAUAUGAUUUCAACAAUCCUUAUAUUAGAAUACAGAGAGGAAUGGAUUACCGAAGACUAAA